UAAUGGCGGAUGUCUCUCAGUCUCAUCCUCAGUGAAAUGUAUUAGUUUUUUUUAGUAAUGAAAAGAAGAAGAUAUUGCGAUUAGGUCUUUAAAUCUACUAUUGAAGUUUAAUUUAAGUGCUCUACUUCUUUAAAUAUGUUACGUCAAGAAAUCGGAUGUUUAAAGUGCCAUAGCAACUAUCUACCAACUCGCCCAUUUCCUUUGUGAUCUAGAUAUACUAUAGGAAGUGGUGGUAAUAUUUUUGGUGCAGAUGUAUUAAUUGUGUUACGUGAAAUAAAGGAUAUUUAAUUUUCUUCAAUAAUCUUUUUGAUAAAAUGUAUAAGGUGUAAUAAUAGAGAAUAUAAGUGCUUUAACCUCAAAUGCGGAAAUAGCCGCCCUGAUUUUGUUACCUUUUCUUCUGAAAUAAGAUUAUCCCUGUUAUUACAAUACAUACCAUUUUCAAACCUAUAUAUCAAAAUAUUAAAAAGUCAGUAAGCAGAGUGAUGAUGAAAUAAUAAUGGUCGAAAUAGGAGUACCUCAACAACAAUCAGCUGAGGAGAGCUUAGAAAAUGCAGAAUGGUUUUGGGGCGACAUCACCCGAGAUGAGGCAUAUGAAAAACUCAGGGAUACAUGUGAUGGUACAUUUCUAGUCAGAAAUGCUUCAAACAAAGACAGUGGAUACACAUUGACAGUCAGAAAGGGUGGAACAAAUAAAUUGAUCAAAAUAUACAAUCAAGAUGGCCGUUAUGGAUUUUGUGAACCCUAUGAAUUCACCUCAGUGGUGGCUUUGGUUGAAUUCUACAGAGAAUAUUCCCUGGGACAUUGCAAUAGCAGUUUGGAUAUUAAACUUAUGUACCCAUUAUCACGACUCCAAGAGAAUGAUGGAGGGGAAAAUGAUGAGAACUUGGAGAAUAGAUAUAAAGAAAUUCAUAAAGAAUAUGUGUUAAAGACAAGAAAUUUUGGUGAAAGAUCAUAUAAAUAUAUGAGGUUACGAGAAGAAUUAAAAUGUAAACGACAAGCUUUAGAUGCCUUUAGAGAGACAAUAAAAAAAUGUGAAGAACAUUUAAAAUUACAAGAGAAAAUGAUAUCUGAAGCCCAACCUCAUGAAAAAAGUGGUCUAACUGAGAAUUAUAAUGAGCUUAUAUGUCGAUUAAAUAGUUUGAAACAAGCUAAAAUGCAUCUGAAUAAUUUGUUAAAAGAAGCUAUUGAAUACAGUUUACUACUUGAAAGAGAAACCACUAAAUUAAAAUCUGAAGUUAUGACUUUGUACAGUUCAAAAGAACGAAACAAAGUAUGGUUGAAAAGGCGUGGUAAGACUGAUGAAUACCUGCAGGCCCUAGAGGAUGACAAAACUCAUAAGCUGGAGGAAUUAUACGCUCACCGUGAACCAAUCAGUUGGAAACUAGAUAACUAUACUCGUGAUAUGGCUGAAAAACUUCUUGAAGGGAAACCUCAGGGUACUUUCUUGAUUCGACCUAAUUCCACUGGUGAACUUGCUCUGUCGGUGUGUUGCAAUAACUUGGUGUACCACUGCAUUAUCUUUAAGACUAAACGAGGUUACGGUUUUUCAGAACCUUAUAAUAUUUAUAAAACUUUGAGUGAGCUUGUAUUACAUUAUGCAGUUAAUUCUUUAGAAGUACAUAAUGAAAGUUUGAAAACAACAUUAAAAUAUCCUGUGAAUGCUCAUUUGGUGAAAAAACCUGAAAAGAAACAACAGCAGUGAACGAUUUUAAACCUAUUGAAGAGGUAAGCUCGAUUGUGGCACUAAAUGACCGGUAAGGUAGUGUAUGUAGCUUUAUACUUUAUUAUUAAGAGUUUUUAUGAAAACACUUUAUUUGUCUUCUAUUCUGUGAAUAGAUCAGCAGUGCAAGUGGAUAUUGUGUUAUAAUUUUGGAUGAGUUGUGUGUAUGUAAUAACAUACAUAGAAGUGAAAAGAUUCACUUGUGCAAGGUUAUAUGUAUAAAUUAAUUUCUAAUUAUUAUAGUAGAUUUGACAUGAUGAAUAUUUGUGUUAUUUUAUUACAACUAGUUCAUCGUGUUUAACAAAUGUAAAUUCUAAACUUUAAUAUUCAUAUUAUCCUUUAAGUUAUUUAUUAUAAAUAUUGUUUAUUAAGGAACCAACUUCGUUAUACAUAAUGAGUAUACUCAAAAGGAUUGUAGAGUAUUUUCAAAAUUAUUUGUAAGACAAAUAAUCACGUCAUUGUCAUUAUAAAAGUAUCUGACAGUGCUGUAAAGUCAAUGCUGAGAGAAUCAAGUCAUGUAAACACUUUUUUUUUAUACUUUAUUACAUGUCUAUAUUUAGUUUUUAAUGAGAUAUUAAAUAUGCAUACGUUAAGUAGUUAAGUAAAUUAAUUAUUUAAAAUCAAACAGAAAUAUAUUUCACAUUACCACAGUUUUAGACAAUUGAUGUAAUUCUAAGCCCAUAUUAAUCAUCUUCAACCGCGUCGAAAGCGGCGAAAGAAACCAAUUUAAGAAUAAUUUCUAUGAAGGCAUAUAUAUGAGGGUCCACACAUCAGUACAAGCUGAAACGUCUGAACCCAAAUUUACCUGUCAUUCACUUGGCAGAUCUAAAGAUUUAUUUUCAUUCUCCUCCUGCGGGUGGGA